GGUGCUGUUGUUACAUCAGUACCAAGUAGGAUUGGCUCCAUCUCCGUUAUUAGAGACGUUGUGAUGUUAAAGUGAUGCUUUAUCUUUAGGAGACAUCGACAGCGAUGGAGCUUCUUCCUCUUCUGUGUCUCUGCCUCCUGACUCGCUCUGGAAUCACGUCUGAUCAACUAAACAAACCAACAGUCAUCACAGUGGAAGGAGGGACUGAUGCUGUGUUACCCUGUUCUCUCAGCACCAAGGAGAACAUUGAGUUUAAACUGUUUGACUGGAAGAAAGAUGCUCAGAAAGAUGAUGGUCUGAAGGAGGUGUUCCUGUAUGACGCAGGCAUUCAUUACAACAACGGCCGAGAUGGUCAGAGUGAAGAGUUCAAAGGUCGAGUCUCUCAUUUUACAGAAGAAGUGAAACACGGCAACGCCUCCAUAAUCAUCAGAAAUACAAAGAUAUCUGACAGCGGAGAAUACACCUGUGAUUUUCCUCGUCUUCAGCCACCUCAAAUAUUCCACAUUAAGCUUGUUGUUGAUCCUGUCUUAAAAGACAGAAGAAGGGAAAACAUCCCAGGUAAAGGACCAGAGAAAACCUCAGGAGACAUCGACAGCGAUGGAGCUUCUUCCUCUUCUGUGUCUCUGCCUCCUGACUCACUCUGGAAUCACGUCUGCUCAACUAAACGGAGCAGCUCCAGAGCCAUCUGUCAAGAUACUUAAUAAUCCAACAAACAA